GCUUGAUAUCACAGAGAUGAUCAAUAAAAAAAUCAGUUUGAAGAAUGUUUUUGCACUAAGCUACUCACCAAAAACCUAUUUUUGAACUUAAAAAAUUGACACACUGACCAAAUUUGUUUUAAACGAACAAGGUGACUAAAUAGCUUUUUGUCAAGGCUGGUAAAAAAACAGAGGCAUGUGAAUUGGACGUGCCUUUCUAUUGGCCCUACAGUCAGGUAGAGGAGGGACUGCCGUAAAAAGCUAAGAGGAGACCCUCAGUUGCGUUUUGUGAUAGUUAGGAUGGAUCGAUGGAGGGGUAGAGUUGCUCUUGUCACUGGUGCUUCAGUGGGCAUUGGAGCUGCGAUCGCUAAAUCAUUAACCCAGCAUGGCAUGAAAGUGAUUGGAUGUGCCAGGAACGUAGAACAAAUAGAGAGCUUAGCUUCAGAAUGCGUUCAUAAUGGAUUCAGUGGCACUCUGGUUCCAUACAAAUGCGAUCUGUCUAUAGAGGAGGAGAUUUUGUCCAUGUUUGCCUGGAUCAAAGAUCAACAUCAUGGCAUUGAGGUGUGCAUCAACAACGCUGGCUUGGCUUUCCCAGAGCCUCUGUUAUGUGGGAAAACAAGUUACUGGAGGACUAUGAUGGAUGUGAAUGUGAUCGGACUGUCAGUGUGCACCCGUGAGGCUUACCAGUCUAUGAAAGAAAGAAAUGUUAAUGACGGCCAUAUCAUUAACAUUAACAGCAUGUGCGGACACAGAGUCAUGAACCACGCUGAUGCACACUUCUACACUGCCACCAAAUAUGCUGUGACUGCUCUCACAGAAGGUUUACGACAAGAGCUACGGGAAAACAAGAGCCACAUACGUGCCACUAGUAUAUCACCUGGUUUAGUGGAGACAAAGUUUACCACCCGGUUCUACAGUGACAAGCCAGAAAUUGCAGCUGCUGCCUAUAGACGUAUAAAGUGUCUACAGGCAGAAGACAUAGCUAAUGCAUUGGUGUAUGUUCUGAGUUGUCCCUCUCAUGUUCAGAUUGGGGACCUUCAGGUGAUGCCUCUGGAACAGAUGUAUUUGUAACACUCACUAAAAACACAGCAUAUCUAAAAUGCUGGCCAGGAAUCUAUCUAACAGGACUGAAAAAUAAUGGGCUUUGGCAAGAUGUCACUGAAAGUGUAAAAUUGCAUUAAAAUUUCCAAACAUGAUGGGGCAAACAUUUUAGGCGUAUUGAUAUGCUUUUUCCUAUUGCAUGCAAGUUUACUAAUUAUAGAAUAUCCAGAUGAAAAAAUAAUUCACUAAUGAAACCUGUUUCUAUAGCAACGGCCUGCUACAGCGCCUCUGAUGGACAACUUUUAAAGGCCCUUUUUUUCAGUAUUUUGAUUUUUUGUACCUUAAAAAAUUCCAAAUUUUCAAAUAGGCCUAGCUGUAUCUUGGCCAAAUAUUGGGGAUGUCCACUGUCCAGCCAGGGAUGAUUAGUUAAUCUUUUUGUAAUUGACGAAUACACAUUUUUUGCAUUCAUCAUAUUAAUAAAAUCUGAAAGCCGCUUGGGGCUCCGUGUUUUCACAUGCAUGAAUGGCAGCUUGAGGAAAAUUUCCUAGCAACCUAAAAAGUUUAGAGAAGAAGAUUAAAUAUGUGUUCUUCAAUGAAGUACCAUUGUUUCACCGUUGCAGCGUGCCAAUAGAAAGAAUGAGCCUUUUUUUAUCCCUACCUCCAACCUAUUAUUCAUAGAUAUUGAGUCUAUUUCUGAUAUACAGUUGUUUAGAUAUUAUCUAGCCACUUCCUCUAAUAUUACCUCCAGCUCAUUAAUUCUGCCUUCACAGCAGUCUUGAGGCGACCCCUCGCUACUCUACUCUGCAUGUGGACACAAGCGUGUGGUUACUCAGCAAAAGCCACCCGCUCUCAUGGGAACGGAGACUCGCCCUCUUAACCCCAUUUCCAUGACAGUAACAGCAUGGAACGCAUUGAAAUCAAUCGCGAACUGUCUUUUGCUCUUUGAAAAUGAUACUAUUGUACUGUUUUGGAAUGUAUUUCAUUUCAUAAUGUCUACACCCUCUGAAUGCUAGAUUAUUAUUGCAUGUCUGGGAACCAAAGAUGUGGUGUGAGACUCCACAUUGUUUUCAUGUGCUCAUUCUAGAUCUGCUGAGUACAGCAGGGGUCAAGGAGAAGGAACUCAGUGUGAUGUAAAAUGGUGUGAUGUUCGGCUCAGACCAUAAUUUGAAUAAAUUUGGGUGGUCCGUCAUUUAAAUAAUGGAAAUAGUUUAACCAACUAAAGUAUAUUAUAAUUUGUAUUCUGUUACGCUUACGCUUUAAUAAGAAAGAGUUGAAUAUAAUUCAUUUGGUAACAUGUUACAGUAAGGUAACUAUUAUGCAUUUACAACCUUAAUAAAGCGUUACCAAUAAUUAUUAUAUACCUAUACCAAUAAAUAUUGUACCACAUAAAAAAUACAUCCUACAAUUUGGUGUAUGUGUGUGAUUGAAGACAAUAAAAUAAUUUUAAAUAUUAA